CAGCUCGCCUCCUCUGGGCCAGUCCUGUAGUCGAUGCCUUUGAACAGUCUGCGGAGCUGCUCAUGAACGGGCACAUCUUGAACCACCCAGCUACUUGGACGCUCGACGUUUGACGCUUGACAUGAACACCCAUCUUGGUCUUGUGGCUAGCAAUUUGGCCCGCGGCUCGAUCCUUCCCCGCGUUGCAGCAUGGAACAACACGACGACCAUCAUGACUUUGGCUGGAUGCCUGACUGGCUCCCGCGCUUCCAGUUGGCUUCCGACACCGGCUCGACACGCUCUGUCCAUGCUGAAGAGCUAGCAUUAGAGCCACGGCGCCCAUCUGGGCAGUCAGACCAACCCGAGCAAGGUCUGGACAGGACCCAAAGCCAGCAGGCCUCUUCCUUGUCACCCAGUAGUGCAGACCCGGCGCGUGUUCCCACCAGUUCACGCGACACGGUCAAUAAUGAGUUCCUGCUUCCCGGCCCGUCCGGGAGCUUCUUGUCUCCAAGCUCUGCAAAUUCAACCCACACGCCGAGCACUUUAGUAGAAGGCGAUCUUGGAGUUUUGGGCUCAGCGACUGCUUCGGGAAACGUCAAGACUGUCGUCAUAUUCCCGAGUCCAGACAGGACGGUAAAGCGGGAGCUUCGCGGAAGUCACCUCUUCAUGAUCACAAUCAACGCAACCCUUGGGACAGGCCUCUACUGGAAAGGUGGCCAGAUCCUGCAGCUCGGGGGUCCUCUAGUUGUACUGCUGUCCUUUCUUUUGAUUGGGAUCUUGGCAUGGGCUGUCAUGCAAUGCAUCACCGAGAUGCUAUGCAUAUGGCCCGUUCCUGGUGCGCUUUCUUUGUAUGUCAGUGAGUUCGUCGAUGUCGAACUUGGCAUAGCUGUAGGCAUCACGUAUUGGUUCACCUACUCGGUCUCCUUUGCGGCUAUCAUCGUGACCGCAGCUGCCGAGGUACACCUCUGGAGCUUUGGAGACAAGGUCAUCGACGGCACCGCAAUUUUUCUGUUGGUGCCUGUCGUCUUAACCGUCCUCAACGCGCUGGAUAUCAAGACAUAUGGGUGGGUCGAACUGGUAACAGGGUCCCUCAAAGUGGUCUUCCUGGGAAUCAUGAUCGUCUUCCUGCUCGCAAUCAGCGGCUCGGUAAGCUCAUCGCCUGGCGCAAGAGCCGAUUAUUGGGACGACCCAUUCGACACUUAUGACAAGAACGCGGUGUCUGACUGGUUUAGUGCGUUUCUGCUCUCCAUGUCCAUUGUUGCAUUCUCGUAUGUCGGCAUCGAGAUUGUCGCCGCGUCUGCCCUGGAGGUUCGAUGGCCCAAACACAUUGACCGAAUCUCGUCCGGUUUGUCGCGACAGUCUGCAUCGGCUUCCCUGAUCGGGACCACCGUUCGUUGGUCAUCCAUUUGGAUACCUGUGUUGGUUUGUUUCGCCUACACGUUGUGCGGAGUGCUGAUCAGCUUCAACAUUCGACGAGAUGAUUGUUCCCUGCCCAGAUUCAGUUGGGCACAAGACCCUACCUGCCAAGAGACUUCCCCAGCGUCCCAAAGCAGCAGUGCCUUUGUCGCCAUCGCAGCAAAGUCUGGCAUACCACAUCUUGCCAACGUUUUCAACGCAUUCCUUGUCUUCACAGCCGUUACAUGUGCCAUGACCAACCUGUAUGUCGCUUCGAGGAGCAUGUUUGGUUUGGCGACUCGCUUGGACCGGGGCCCUGGUCAACCGCUUGUGGUGAGGAUUGUGGCGUGGUUCGGCAAGACGAAUCGGCAAAAGGUUCCAAUGCGUGCCAUGAUAUUUUCUUCCAUGGCAUUUAUCUGGGUUCCAUUCCUCAAUAUGAAAGGCGACGAUGAUGCCACAUCCGCAAUAACCAUCUUCGUUGAAGUGUUGGGAAGCAUGGGGACAGCUGGUGUCUUCAUCGUCUGGGCCUGUGAGUGCCUGGCUUUCUUGCGGUUUUACUAUUGCAUCAAACGCCAUCAUGGCGCUCUCGAGCUAGCCAGGGUCUCUCAGGUGAGACGAUGGAACUAUGAGGACAACGAUUACCCGUAUCGUAGCCAUGGGCAGCCCUUCACAGCAUACAUGGGCCUAGCAGGAUGUCUUGCCCUGCUCGUUGUUUGUAACAUGGCGUACUUCUGGAAGCAGCCAAAAUUCCACGUCGAGCCGUUUCUGUCGAAUUAUCUUAUUAUCUUUGUUUUUCUCCUCAUUUGGAUCGCUCUGAAGCUAUUCCGCGGCGCCCGGUGGGCCCUUGUGGAUUUAUCCGAUUCUAAGCGCGUUGUGCAGAAGUUGAAGAAUCUCCAUGAUCUUCGCCAGGGUGCCAUGUAAGGAGUCAAGAAGAGGGUGGCUGCCGCAGAACACUCGCCAGAAUGGCGU